AUGGGGAGAGGUAGAGUGGAGCUGAAGAGGAUAGAGAACAAGAUAAACAGGCAGGUGACGUUUGCGAAGAGAAGAAAUGGGUUGUUGAAGAAAGCUUAUGAGCUAUCUGUCCUUUGUGAAGCUGAGGUUGCUCUCAUCAUCUUCUCCAACCGUGGCAAGCUCUUUGAGUUUUGUAGCACAUCUAACAUGCUCAAGACCCUGGAAAGGUAUCAGAAGUGCAGCUAUGGGGCAGAAGAAGUCAACAAACCAGCCAAGGAGCUCGAGAGCAGCUACAGGGAGUACCUGAAAGUGAAAGCAAAAUUUGAGAUCCUACAAAGAACUCAGAGGAACCUUCUUGGAGAGGACCUUGGACCUCUGAAUACAAAAGAGCUCGAGCAGCUCGAGCGUCAUUUGGAGUCGUCAUUGAAGCAAGUUCGGUCAACUAAGACCCAGUAUAUGCUCGACCAACUUGGUGAUCUUCAAAAUAAGGAACAUAUGUUGCUGGAAGCAAACAGAGCUUUGACAAUAAAGCUGGAUGAAAUCAGUGCAAGAAAUAACCUCCGACCAUCAUGGGAAGGUGAUGAUCAGCAAAGUAUGUCCUAUGGCCAUCAGCAUGCAGAGUCUCAGGGGCUAUUCCAGCAUUUAGAAUGCAAUCCCACUUUGCAAAUAGGCUAUAAUUCUGUUGGUUCAGACCAGAUAACUGCAACACAUGCCGCCCAGCAAGUUCAUGGGUUCAUUCCAGGGUGGAUGCUUUGAAAUUUGUGCUCUUGGUUGCUCAUAAAGAGACACCUACUAUGUAAUUGCUUAAUUACAUCCAAGAGGCAUGCAAGAAGUUCUGGAAGACUUAAUUUGUUUCUCUAUGAUUAUGAACUCCUUUUCUAACAAUUUCAU